GAGAGGCAAAAAUGAGAUGAUCCUGGAUACCGUUUUGCGAAUGGAAGCUUCAAUUGCCGAGCUCAGGGGUAUGAUCGAUGAAUACCAGGCUAUGGGCUCUGCCUCAAAUUUCAGAGAUGGCACUCAGGCCAAUACAACGUCCCCAGUCUCGACAAUCACCCCAAGGUCUCAGGAUGCACGGCAUCACCCAGGCGGAUGCACAAUUAGGGACCCGACUGAAAGUGCUAUUCUUUCAUCAGGGCAUCUUUCCUCCGCAGAGUCUCUUCUCAAGUGGUCAGUCUUCCUUAAUCAUCCUUCAAUACUGAGGGAGACAGAGGCUUCUUUCUUGUCCCUCGAAUGUGCACGAGAGUCCUUUCGAAGCAAAGUCUACGCGAUAUUUCCCACGCUGGGACUGUCUGAAAUUAAAAAAAUGGUGGGUACUUUCCAACAGACAUAUAAUUUUUGGUUCCCCACAAUGAGCUUCAACGAUCUGAAGUCCUUGGAAAUGAGGAUUUAUCAGGAGAACUUGGAGCCUAACUGCCAAUCAUGCCUGGCCUUGUUGGUCAUGGCUUUGGGCUGCGUGGGUGCUUCUGUCAUAGAUGGCGAGAAAACCUCCGAACAUGAGUCUCAACAAUUAAAGUUGCAGGGUGUGACAUGGUUCACUGCUGCAAUGAAGAUGCUCCAUUUGGCGCACAUUGAAAUGAGUGUGGAAGCAUGCCAGUGCCUCCUGCUUACUGGUCUCUACUUCUCCUUUUUGCAAAGGCCACUGCAGACAUGGUCCUACGUGAACAGCGCAGCGACCCGUUGCCGGUUCUUACUGUCUUGUCCUUUCGACAAUCCAGAGCGUGAUGACCGAGAGCACAUUACCCGAAUAUUUUGGUCUUGCUUCGUAUUAGAAAAUAACUACAUCUCCGAGUUACCAACUCUUCCACAAAAUUGCAACGCCGAAAUCGAAUCAAUCAUAUCUCUUCCAGGAAAAUUCCAUUCACACGAAACCAUCGAAGACGAAGAAAAAUCGACAUUCUAUUUGCUCGCAUCAAUAGCACUUCGCCGCCUGCUCAACAGAGCGCACUAUAUGCUCUAUGACCGCGACAUCGGCCUCCAAAUCGACUCUAACAGUUUCUCUUCGGUAAACCAAGAGCUGGCACGCCAAUUACAAGACUGGUAUCAGACUCUACCUUCAAGUCUGCAAUUUUCUGAUGACGGAAAGCCUGCGGAUGACCCCCACAGCGAGUACCUGCGGCAGUGGUAUUUGAGCUGUCGGAGUGUCAUAUACAGACCUUUCCUUGAAUGGGCGCUGGCCAACCCACUGUGGAAUCUGAAUAAUAACCCAAGUGUGCUAGAUGGAUGUCGGGUUGCGCUUGAUAGUUGUCUUUUCAAAUUGAGGGAUCUGAAGCAAGUGCCAUAUACUGUGAUGGUCGAUACCUGGCCGUGUUCCCUUUCACUUGCGACGGCUAUGUUAACUCUUAUGGGUGGCUUUUGUCAUCCACAGUUGACAACACAGCUUCGCCAUAUCACCAUUUUGGACCUAGGACCUCACUUAGAUGAGCUUCUACAACGAUGGAUGAGUAUCCACGGGUCCAGCAUUUCCCCUGGUGUUGAGAAGGCAUUGCGAUUGAUCAUGAAAGCUCACGAGUUUUUUCAGAGCAAAAGUGCCGAAUUUUGUUCUUCCCCAGAAGGAGAACAACAUCUGUCUCCUUAUGCACUCCGGAUGUCUCCCGGAUAG